AUGCCCAUCUCGUCGCUCUUAGCCGGCCAUACAACUGGUACUUCGGAGUUGGUGAGACGACAGUCGCUCCAUCGUCCCCGGAACAGCCGUCGGCCAUUUGAUCACAAAUUGGCUCAAAAUGAGAAGAGGGGCAGGGCAGGGCAGGGCAGGGCAGGGCACCUCAAUUCAAGUUCCAUCCGUCACGCCCUAUCGCUAAAACAGACACUUGUCAAGUUCCCACAAAAUGUCCAAGAGAGCACUGUCAGGUGGGUUGACGAAGCAGAUUUCCACUUUGAUGUCGAUGUCUAUGAUGAAAAGCGGAUGUUGGGAAUCUUCCGUGUCGUCCGAAGUUUGAGCAUGGUUAAUUAUCAACCUACUCUACAGUCGUGA